GUUUACUAGACCACCGGCCAGACUCCCGAUCGGCCCUACAGACAGUAGUACAGGUAUGACGAGCAUGAGCCUUUACAGCAGUCGCGUGCAGCCCAUCGGGGUGCCCCCAUCGGCGCUGAACCUGUCCGGCUCUUCUCUCAUAUACGUCUAUGGGGGCGACAGCAGGGGCGGCAUCGUGCCCGCGCUGGGCUUCGCCUCGGCUCGACAGGAUCCCCCGCAGAAGCCGCCCUACAGCUACAUCGCGCUCAUCGCCAUGGCCAUCAAGAGCGCGCCGGGGCAGCGCGCCACCCUCAGCGGCAUCUACCAGUUCAUCAUGGAGCGCUUCCCCUUCUACCAUGACAACAAGCAGGGCUGGCAGAACUCCAUCCGGCACAACCUCUCCCUCAACGACUGCUUCAUCAAGGUGCCGCGGGAGAAGGGUCGCCCAGGUAAAGGUAGCUACUGGACGCUGGACACCAAGUGCCUGGACAUGUUCGAGAACGGGAACUACAGGCGCAGGAAAAGAAAGUGCAAGAACCAGGAGUCCUCCGAGGGCAAGUCUUUUCAGAAGAGACACGGGGCGGCGGUCUCCUCGUCGCGCGCUGGUUCGGGACCCCCCGCAGGGGAACACGCCGAGAUGGGAGAAAAGGCGCUCGGAGAAGCUGCGCUGGGACAAGACUGUGCCGUGGACAGGUCAUCCGCACAACUGAAACACGACGAGGACGAAGAUCGUGACUCGAGCGGAAGACCAUCCGCCGCCCCCGCAGAGCGCCUUCCUCCAGCUGCCACGGGCGCGGGCGCGGGCGCAGCGCGCGGCUGGCACGACGCCGCGUGUUCACCAGAUCAUGCGCACGACGGCCUGGCCUCGCACCACAAAACUGGCGACGUCCCCUCGGUGGACAGGCACCAUCACGCAGGAGUCCAGUGCUCCGAACCAAAGGACGGAUCUCCUCCCCAGGUGGACGGCUCCGCGGGGGGCGCAUCUCCACAAGAGGGGAACACCCCCGCGAACUUGCACUCGGCAGUCCGCCUUCCCUCGAGACCCAAAGGGACGAACCAAGUCGCCGACGCCAAACCUGCAGGGAGGUCGAAAGGCUUCAGCAUCGACAGCAUCUUGGCGAAAAAGGGCCAUCAGAGCCAAGGCUACCCGACGCGGGGUUUCGAUCCCGUGAGCCACGCGCUCGACGCGUCGGUGAUGGUCGGGACGCGCGCGCCGCACCUGUACCAGUUCGGGUUCCCGGUUUGCCCCUAUCUGUCCCUCACGUUCCCGGAGAAGGUACUGCACUUCCAGUAGAGACCACCGAACGAACACCGGCUGGAGACCGCAUCCUCGGCUGAUGUA